CGACAAGUUAGUAUGUGAAGUCAAGGGGAGAAAUGCCCUUUCUGCUACAAGACCAAGCUACUGCAUAGGCCAGGAAAGUAUGGAGCUCCAGGGCUGUUAGACUGUUAGACACUGGGCCAGUGGGGCUUGACUGGACCCUUCUUUCUCCAGACGUAACUGAGGCUCAAUGUGAGCCAGGCUUUCUCUGUGUUGUGGCUGCUGCCGAGCUGACAUGUCAAUGAGAAGGGCAGAAGGGGUGUCCAUCGUCCAGGCCUUGGCCAUGACUGUGGCUGAGAUACCUGUGUUCCUCUACUCCACCUUUGGGCAGUCCAUUUUCUCCCAGCUGCGUCUCUCUCCCAGCCUGAAGAAAGUGCUCUUUGCCACGGCACUGGGAAGCGUGGCACUGGCACUCACCGCCCACCAGCUUAAGAGGCGGGGUCGCAAGAGGAAGCAGGUGACUGCAGCGAAGGACACCCAGAAAGCACCAGGGAUGCCCGAGGCCCUGCUGAGAACGGGGAGGCCAUUGUCGCUGAAGAGAGGCUCGUUUCCAGGCCGACAGGUGACGAGCCCCAGCACCAGGAGCAAUGAUACCAUGAGCGGUAUCUCGUCCAUCGCCCCCAGCAAGCACUCCAGCUCCUCCCACAGCCUAGCCUCGAUGCGGGUUCCAGCCUCUCCAAAUCAGUCAACAAAUCCUGUGACCCCCUGGGAGGCGGAGCCAGUGGAGGAAGAGCCAGGAGCAGUGGAGGACACCAACGCAGAGAAUCUCUACAUCAUGGGGAUGGAGCUGUUUGAGGAGGCACUGCAGAAGUGGGAGCAGGCCCUGAAUAUCCGCCACAGGAGCCAGUCACAAGCCUCAGUCAGCAACAGCCUUGUCCUCAAGGGGGCAGCACCCCCUGAAAAGCCAUCGGCAGAGUCACGGAACAGGGUGUUUGCAGAGAAACUAGAGACCCUUUUGCACCGAGCGUACCAUCUACAGGAGGAGUUUGGCACCUCUAUUCCUCCAGACAGCCUUCUGACAGAUUUUGAGAGUGAAGGGACCCUCAUCCUGCCCAGUGUGGAGAGCCUGAAUCAACUGCGAGAGGACGAUGCCACCACCAUCACCUCGGACGAUUCCUUCUUCUCUGCAGCCGAGCUGUUUGACUCCUUUUCACUGGAGGAUACAUACCAGCCUCUGCGGCCAGCGGCUCUGUAUGAGGAGGCACUGGCCCUAGUCAAGGAUGGGAAGGUGGCCUGUAGAUCACUUAGAACAGAGCUCUUGGAAUGCUACGGCGAUGAAGACUUCCUUGCAAAGCUGCACUGUGUGAGACAGGCCUUCCAGGUUCUGCUGCUGGAUGAGACGCAUCGGGGAUUCUUCAGUGAGACAGGGAAGAAGAUGAUCACAGGGCUUAUGUCCAAAUCCAACAAGAGCCCCAAGGCCUUUUUGGAGAGCUACGAGGACAUGCUGCAAUACACUCAAAGGGAAGGGACUUGGACCACUACGAAGAUGGAGCUGGAGGGGCGAGGGGUGGUGUGCAUGAACUUCUUUGACAUUGUGCUGGACUUCAUCCUGAUGGAUGCCUUUGAGGACCUGGAGAACCCACCCUCGUCUGUGGUGGCAGUGCUCCGGAACCGCUGGCUCUCUGACAGUUUCAAGGAGACGGCCCUAGCAACUGCGUGCUGGUCAGUUCUGAAGGCCAAGAGGCGCCUGCUGAUGGUUCCAGAUGGCUUCAUCUCACACUUCUACGCCAUUUCGGAGCACGUGAGUCCAGUUCUGGCCUUUGGGUUCCUGGGUCCCCGACAGCACCUGAGCGAGGUGUGCACCAUCUUCAAGCAACAAAUUGUUCAGUACCUGAAGGACAUGUUCGACCAUGACAAAGUGCGCUUCACAACGGCACAGUCUUUGGCAGAUGACAUCCUGAGCCUGUCGCAUCGGAGGAGCGAGAUACUGCUAGGAUACCUGGGGAUCGAUAGCCUCCUGGAGCCCAACGGUGCUUUGCCUGCCGCAAAUGACGGCUCUGGGGAGCACAACUGAGACCGCCAGGACUGGCCUCACAAGACAGAAACCAGAUUCCCCCUUUCAGUAUGAUUCCGUCUCUCCUCACCUUUGGUAAAUUGUUUUUAAUUCCCUCUGUGGUCAGUGUUGAUCGGCCAGUGUUACCGCGCACCUCGUCCUUCACUGUGACUAAUACAGUGAGAAAUUCUUUGUGUUGGCAGAGGAGGAAGAGUUUUUUUUUUUUGUCCUGUCAUCCUGCAUUGGCCAACUGAAACCUUGCACUGCGGUGUGGGUGUUACCUAAAGAAGGAGUUCUGUCCCUCAGGUUUCUUUUUGAGCAUGCUUAUCUGCUCCCACAGGGAAACGGAUAUGAUUUUAAAAAGGCUCUUUGUGAUUAUCAAGGAAGUAAAUGUGAAAGGUCUCAGGGUUAUGAUGAACCUUAGUGUGCUCAGUGCAUUAUUCUUUCUGUCUGAUCCGAGCAUGUGUGGUUGUUUGCUGCUCCAUUUCCCAUAUUCUCAGAAACCUGUCAGAGGAGGGGUAAGGGAUGUGAUAAGCUGCUACUGUUCGCAACAAACGAAUCAAAUGUUUGUGAAGACUAUUUCAGAAGCCAGUGUUAUGACCUGUACAUCAACUUCUUGGCUGAAUAGCAGCAUCCCAGUGGCUAAUCCAUCUACUCCCACACCACCACUGUAACCUGAAGAGAGGGAGUAAAGUAAUGCCUAUGGAGCAUGAUCACAGUUCAUGACCUGUAGAAUCGCUCUUCCCUUUUUUAAGGAGAACCAGCCUUCCAUGCAUUUGGAGAGUUAUUAUGGUCUGUUCCUGUAAGAUUGGUCUGUCAUUUGGGCGCACAAAAAUCUACCUGUUAGUAAUGCAGCCUUGGUAAAACGGCUCCCACUUUCUGUGAGGACUCAAGCUACAGACACUUUUUUCUGUUCAAACUGGACCUGGUGUCCAUGGAUGUGUUCCCAGAGGUUCCCUAAAUCCAAAUGGUGAGAUUUGCGGCUUGCAGCUGAUGAAAGAUUUCUGAUGUCAGAUUUUGUCAUUACGUGAUUAGAGUGUAAAACAUACUGAGCUAAAUAUUCCUAGUGUGAUUAUUUUUCGCAGUGUAGUCAUCACUACUCAGUUUGCCAGCACACAGUGGGCCUGUCUGCAUUCACUCUAUUUGCACUUUAUGAAAAAGAACCUUAAUUCC